CUGCCAUCGGGAACGACGGUCCUUUGUACGGCACCUUGAAUAAUCCUGCGGAUCAGAUGGACGUGAUCGGAGUGGGUGGCAUCAACUUUGAGGACAAUAUAGCGAAGUUCUCGAGUCGCGGAAUGACGACGUGGGAGCUCCCAGCUGGUUACGGAAGAGUCAAACCCGACAUUGUAACUUACGGCUCAUCCGUGAGUGGGUCAUCCAUCAAGGGAGAAUGUAGGGCCUUGUCUGGGACAUCAGUAGCAUCGCCUGUAGUUGCUGGAGCAGUAACUCUGCUUGCCAGUGGGGUUUUGCAUAGAGGAUCAGCAGUGAACCCCGCCAGCAUGAAGCAAGCCUUGAUGGCGUCUGCUCGGAGAUUGUCUGGGAUCAACAUGUUUGAACAGGGUCAUGGAAAGCUGGACCUGCUCCGUGCUUAUCACUUGCUGAAUACGUACCAGCCGCAAGCCAGUCUGAGUCCGAGCUACUUGGACUUGACCGAAUGCCCGUACAUGUGGCCGUAUUGCUCGCAGCCGUUGUAUUAUUCCGGGAUGCCGACAGUGGUGAACGUCACCAUUUUGAAUGGAAUGGGGGUGUCUGGGAAGAUCGUCGAACAGCCAGUGUGGAACCCUUAUUUACCUCAAAAUGGCCACUUUCUGAAAGUCAACUUCACUUACUCGGAAGUUCUUUGGCCCUGGUCGGGCUAUUUGGCGGUUUCUAUCUCGGUGUCGAGUGAAGCGAAGGGUUGGGAAGGCGUGGCCCAGGGCCAUGUGACCCUAGUUGUUGAAUCCCCACCUCUGGACGGAGAAACGGAGCCGAGGAGAUCGAAUUUGACGGACAUGUAUCAACAUCUGCGGAAUGCCGGUUAUUAUGUGGAAGUGCUCGGAGUCCCGUAUACUUGCUUCGAUGCCCAGAAUUACGGGGUUCUGCUGGUGGUUGACCCCGAAGAAGAGUUUUUUCCUGAGGAAGUUACGAAGCUGAAGCGAGAUGUUGAAAGUGGUAGCUUGUCCCUACUUGUUUUCGCUGAUUGGUACAACACGACGGUGAUGAAGAAGGUGAAAUUCUACGACGAGAACACUCGUCAGUGGUGGAUCCCCGACACCGGCGCCGUCAACAUUCCGGCUGUGAACGAUCUCAUCGGCGUCCUGGGCAUGGCGUUCGGGGACACCGUCCUCGAAGGCGAAUUCAAACUCGGUCGUCACGCCAUGUUCUACGCCUCUGGCACAAACAUUGCCAAAUUCCCCGCGUCCGGUCAAAUCAUUUCCGUCGACCUCAAAGACCAGGGCAAGGAAGUGCUGGACGGGGCUAGUGUGGAGGUGCCCAAGGCUUCCAUCCUGGGACUGUAUGAAAAGCCUGGUGGUGGCAGGAUCGGUUUAUACGGUGACUCGAAUUGCCUGGACUCGGCGCAUAUGCACAAGGAUUGUUUUUGGCUCUUGGAGGCGUUGUUGGAUUUUUGCAAUUCCGGGAAUUUACCGAGCGUGCUCGGGGACAUGGCGUCGAACGCGGACGCCGUUUUGCCGUCUGAGGGCGCCGACGUCAGACUGCCGGAGAGAAUGUCGGGAUCCCAUUUGCACAGGUACAGCAAAGUCUUGGAAAGUAAUUUGGACAAGGCCCGACCGCGUCCACUUCCUGCUUGUCCGAAACUCGUGUGGGCCAAAGCCGUGCCCCUCAAUAAAUCCGCCCCGUCGAACCUUUACAAAUCUGCGAAACUCCUUUCGAUUCACACUUCGAACCUGGACGUUUCUAGCCUC